AUGGACGCCUACAGCCAAAGUUCCCAUGCUGCCGGCCUUGUCGCUCGUGGUGGAGGACUUCACCCUCCGCCAGAGGUCCUGUUGAACUGGCCGACACCGAAUUACGUGGACCCCGAGGAAAGAGGAUGGGCGGCACCAAUUGUGCUCUUGGUGUUUCUGGGCAUAACGUUUCUCGUCUACGUUGCGCGCAUGUGGGCCCGAAUCGCGAUAUCGAAGAACACUGGACUGGACGAUAUCCUCAUCAGCCUCUCCAUGAUACCGCUGUUUGGAUUGACAAUAGCAACCGUGCUUGGCAUCCGAAUUUACGGCUAUCAAUGGCAUAGCUGGGACCAAACAACUGAGACUUUGGUCACUUCACGACAGAUUGCUCUUGCUAUUGAACUUCUCUACAUGAUCUCAACGUCACUAAUUAAAGUCUCGAUUCUAUGCUUCUAUCGCCGCAUCACGGGACGUCUCACGCAUCAGUUUGUCUACUGGGUAUAUGCUACUAUUGCAUUUUGCGUCAUCUACGGUGUUGUGUUCACCUUUGCCAUUCUCUUCACCUGCACGCCAAUCGAGGGGUUCUGGCGUUACUUUGACAUAUCCUGGAGAAUUCAGAACGAGCUGGUGUGUCGCGAUGAGGGGGCACUCAUUGUGGCAUGCGCAGCGAUAAGCUCUGUUCAGGACUUCAUCAUCUGCCUGCUUCCUGUCCUCUUGAUCUGGAACCUGCAGAUCAGCAAGCGUCAGAAGCUUGCACUGUGUGGCAUCUUCGGCAUGGGAUUGAUUACAUGCUUUUGUGGCCUAAUGCGUACAUACUACGCCACAAAGCUGUACUAUUUCACAUAUGAUAUCACGUGGAUUGCCUACUAUGGCUGGAUCUGGACAAACCUCGAAGCACAACUAGCCGUCAUAUGCGCCUCGGCCCCCUCCCUAAAGGUCUUCUUCAACCGCUAUCUUACACAGUACACCUCACGCGACGGAUACACUGGAAACCUCAGCCGCGGAAAAACGCCCGAAGUAGGAUCAAAGCUGGCAUCGAAUGCGUUCGCAUCAAAACACUCGCAAUUUUCAUCACACAAAUCGCAAAUCCGUGGGGGCGAUGCUAUAUCCAGUGAAAUUCCGCUAGAUGGCAUCCACGUCAACCACAAACUCCAGAUCAGCAUCGAGGAGCGAGACGACAGCAGCCACAAGAGUUUCGAGAGCACAAAGGCAUUGACUGAACUGCCGCCGACCCACCUAGCAUGGCGAGAUAGAAUAGAAUGGGCAGAGAGCUGCAGGAAUGUUUGUGCUGCUUUCCGACCAGGCAGCAUGGGAAACCCUGGAGUCCGAUCUCGCGACGGCGAUCUCGAAACCGGCCGCGCUAUUUGA